GACUUGUCAUCGACGUGGUUAUGGGUGGUUCGUGGCGUGAUUGCACAGUCAACACCGUGGAUGCCUCAGACACAGGCCUCGCGGGUGCUGCUGGGGGCGUGGUGGUUGGCGGCGCUGGUCAUCUCCACGAGCUACACGGGCAGCCUCACCGCAUUCCUCACCGUGCCCACACAGGCUCCCAGGAUCGCUACACUCCCUGACCUCGCCGAGGCUUCUCAACAGUUGUACAUGCUAGAUUUCGGUGCCUUUUUGCCCGGGCUGCUGAAGACCUCGGUGGACUCCGUGUACCGCACUCUGGGCAACAAGCUCCACCUCCUAGACACCUACGAGGCCAUCAGGCAGAAGGUGGAGGAGGGGCACGCGCUGGUGCAGGGGACGCACUACACUCUGGCUGUCCUCGUCAGUUGGCACAUGAGCAACGCGUAUGUCGUGGAGGAGACGAUGUAUCCCAACCACAACGGCUGGGCUUUCCCGAAGGACACACCUUGGACGCACUUGUUCAACGGGCACCUGACGAGAAUGACGGAGGCCGGGCUGGUUAAUCAGUGGCACCGCACCGCUGUCGCUCUCUUCCGUCACGACAAUGAUCUUCCGCCUCUACUAGUGGGGGAGGAGCCGCUCACCCUACGGGCCCUCUCUCUCGAAGAUACUCAAAGCUCUUUCAUCAUCUUGGGUAUUGGUAUUUCGCUGGCACUUUUAUUUUUUUGUUUUGAAAUCCUCAGUCGCCGCUCUCUUAAACACAAUUAAACAAAGUAGAAUCAGACGGCACAUCCUCACCAACAUGUCAAAAUAAAGUGAAUACAAAAUAUUACAAUGACCAAUAUGUCAUAGAAAAUGUCUGGCGAGAUUGCAGCUUGAGGCACCGCGUAACGAAACUUUCUUUAGGUUUAUAUCAUGACGCCCUCUUGCCAGUGACCGACGCGAGCACCACCAACACGAACCUCCUCACGGGCUUAGUUUCACAUCCACCGAUUAUCUUACAAUCUCACUGAACACGUUGUAUCACCUCGCAUGUAAUAAAAAA